UUGGAAGUCCUGGGAGCAGCAAGAGCAGCGGCAGCAGCAGCAAGAAUGAACUGCAAGGAGGAAAAUGACAACUGCACUGACGGGAGCAGGAGCAGCACCAAGAAGAUGCUGAAAUGCGUGGUGGUUGGGGAUGGUGCAGUUGGGAAAACCUGUUUGCUGAUGAGCUAUGCCAAUGAUGCCUUCCCAGAGGAGUAUGUCCCCACUGUGUUUGACCACUAUGCAGUAACCGUGACUGUGGGAGGACAACAACACUUGCUGGGGCUUUAUGACACUGCAGGGCAGGAGGAUUACAACCAGCUGAGACCCCUGUCCUACCCCAACACAGACGUGUUCCUGAUCUGCUUCUCCGUGGUGAAUCCUGCCUCCUACCACAACGUGCAGGAAGAGUGGGUGCCUGAGCUGAAAGUCUGCAUGCCCAACGUGCCUUAUGUCCUCAUAGGAACACAGAUUGACCUCCGGGAUGAUCCCAAAACUUUGGCGCGGCUGCUUUACAUGAAGGAGAAACCACUCACCUAUGAGCACGGAGUAAAGCUGGCAAAGGAGAUCGGAGCCCAGUGCUAUCUGGAGUGCUCAGCACUCACACAGAAAGGCCUUAAGACUGUCUUUGACGAGGCAAUCAUGACCAUUUUCCACCCCAAGAAGAAGAAGAAGCGCUGUGCAAAGUGCCACAGGUGCUGCACCCUUGUGUGACGUCCCCUGGGAGGCAGAGCCAGCUGAGUUCAGUGAAACCAAGUAGGUUAGAAAGGCAAUGAAGGUCACACACAACUGAAACGGGGAGCAUGACCAGAAA